UUUCAUUUCUGCUUGUGAACAUCACCCGAAUCACAUAAAAACUCGGAUAGAACCUGCAGUCAACAUUUUAAUCUAGUGUCUGUGUCAGCUUAUCACUGGUGCUGCCAUUGGCUCUUAUAUCUUUCGCUUCUAUUUACUUGUGGAUGUGGCUGGAAUGAUCAAUCUCUGUAUUUUCAUUCCUUUUCUUGCACCGUACCUCAACUCAGACCUUCAUAGCGCCCGCCCCCCCAGCUACUUUUGCAAUACUUUGAUAUUUUCUUUUUCCAAGAACCACUUCAAUCCAAAAUAAGAAUUUCAAAAUCUAAGUUCAUUUCAAUCAAUAUGAUGGUCUAAGUUUUCGCGGAUACACACUGCCAAGAGUUUAGACACGCGUACUUGGAUGGUAUAUACUUAAUAUGAGCUGUCAAUAUGAUGUCUCAGAAGAAUACUUUGCCUCAUCUCAAGUCAAAAUACCUCACUAGUGUUUAACAACAUAUCACGCAGAUCCCAUACUGGCAUCCAUGUUAUAUUCUGUGGACAUUGCACGCAGCUUUUAGCCUAAGCAUGGUCUCGUUUGAGACAUUAAAUGGUAGUAUAUGGGGAAUUAUCCAUGUCCUGUAUCUUUUAAGUAGCUUGUUUCAAACUAUGGAUUGGUUUGGAAUGUUGCUAGCUUAUUACUAAAAUUACGAUGUGAGCAGUUGACAUCUCAUGCAUUCUACUACCAAAAGCACAUGCUUCAGUGUGGGGACUUUGACUACAUUCUAUCUUGAAUUGAUUGCGUCUCGGAUUCUGUCUGCACUUAUAUUUCCAGUUUCGGUUACUUGGUUGAUUAAUCAGGAAUUAUUAUCUUAUCAACUCACCGUUUUCAUUCUCUCUUUCUUUCUUUCUUUCUUUUCUUCCAUUAAGAUGAGCACAACUUGUGAUGUUCGAGGGCCUCUUCAAGUUUUGUAAAUUUCCAAAACUGGCAGAAUCAUUUGCUUCCUAGAAAAGUUCAUUGCAUUUGUCUUAUUGGCAACUGUAUUCUCUUCUAUUAUUGGUUUCUUGCAAGAAGGAACAAGAUGAACAAGCAAUUUCAUUUUGGAAAUCUGCAGACUAUAGAGGCUUGAACUGGAUCAAUAUGUUCGGGUUUCUUGGGUUUUAGGUUAUCUGUUGACAACAUUUUUAUUUUUAUUUUUUUACCCCUUGCUGUCUUUCUUUCUAUACAUUUAAAGAAUAGCUUUUAUUUCAUGGGGACUUUAAGUUGUCAAACUGGAGUCUAUCCAAGUCCUUUUUUCUUUCUACUUUUUCUUCACGACAAAUAUCACUAUACUAUCUAAAAUUUUCAGAUAAUUUGAAGGUGCUGGGAAUUCUGAUUCAGAUAAUUUGUGGGACUAGAUAGUUGCCCAUUUUCUAUAGUUAUGUCAGAAUCAGAUGCAAAUUUCAUACUACUAUGUGCAAGGGAUAGCUUUCUGCCCCAUCCAACUGUAGAUUUUUGUGCUACCUGUGGUGGAUGUGACAGCCAUUUAAUACACAAUAGAAGUUCAUCAUUCUCUAAGAUCUGCAAGGAAUUUCAGAGAUCUUAUCAUCUAGAUGGCAAUUUGGUGCAAUGAUAACAUUAGAUGCAAAAUGGUUUUUUGCCUUUUGAUAUGGAUUUCUUCAUGUAGUUGGCUUUAUUUAUUCAAGUAGCCUUCAUAAUACUAUUAAAUAUAUUGAUUAAAUGUUAGAAACAUUUGUUUGGCAGAGUUAAUUUCCAAGUGGAUUAGGUGUUGGCACUUUCUGUGUAAGGGAAAGCUUAUUUCUUAAUGAAGGCUGUAUAUUUUCUUGUUUGGUCAAUGGAAAAAACUAAAUUUUUCUAAUUAAACUUUUAUUCAAGAUUAAAGAUAUAGUUUUAUCUAAUUCCAUAAUUAGAAAUUGGAUGUAUGAAAUUGUAUUAAGUUUUGUGAUACCUGUGCAUACCCAAUUCUUAUGCUUGUGUGUAUCAAAAGUGUGGCCACGAUCUAUUUUAUUGGGUUGUCAGGAGAAGAGCUAAUAGAACUACUUUGCACCUCGACUAGUGCAGGAUGUUCUUAAGAAACCAAAUGCUUAGGUGUUGUUUGGUCACACAGUCAUUGUCUGUUAUGGUGUUCUCGUUUGCAAAAUGUGAAAUUGGUAUUGGGGAAGGGGGGAGGGGGACAUUGUUUGAUUGCUGUUUAUCUUUUAUACUUAUGAAAAAUGUUUGCAAUGCAUAGACCGAAACUUUAAAUGGAAAAUAGGUGUUUCCGUCUUUUGUGCAUGCAGAUAGUGCAAAUUAAUGAGAUUUCAUCCUUGUGUCGUAAUGGAAACAAAAGUGCAGUUAUCUUUUAACCACCUUCUCUCCAUAUUCUCCAUUGCCUUUCCUUCCUAGCCAUGCUCUGCCAUCCCCCAUCCUUCAAACUUUUCCUUAAUGUCUCCUUCCUCUCAAUUCCCUCUUCCUUGCGUUUGCUCUCUGCCUCCACAAUCCAAAUUCCUUGUUUAUAACUCCAACCAAAAGUCACCCCCAUUCCCUCCGCGUGAAACUCACCUCUUCUUCCCUUAUUUCUGUUGUCUGAGUUUUCUCUCCUGCCUCACCCUUCUCUGUCCCCAGCCUGUCGCCCCCAUGCGCUUGUCAAUUGGACCACCCUCCUCCCAUUCUCCACUUCCUUCACGCUUGUUGCUCCUUUAGCAGCCCUGCUUUGACAAACAUUCACUUCUUUUCUAAAGGGCAGCCUUCCAUAUUGUUUAAUGAGGCACUAAAUGGUGUCAAUUGUAAUUUCAGGACAGAAGGAAACUAGUUAAAUUAGUCCUAUGAAGCUUUCACUAGAGGAGAAUCUAGAUGAAAGAAAGAGUAAUGGAAAAAGUUAAAAAAAAGAAAAGGAGGAAAGAGAAAGGAAAGAUGACAUAAAAGAAAAAGCUAAAUGGAGGGGGAAAAGCAGAUGAAUGAGACAGAAAUUAGAAACUAUCGGUGACUGCGAACAUGUUUUCUCAUGUUGGUUUUUGGACAAUAAUCUGUUUCAUGCAUGUAUAUAAUUAUAUUUUCCUGGAAAUGAACUCAAAAUGUGUUAUCUAUGAUAAGCACGACAAACAGGAAAAUGGUCUCUUAUGUUGUUUGGUAGAGUUUGCUGAGUUGUUAUCUUGUCUUGAUCUUAUUACUCUGUUAUUCUUUUUUAUUGGAUUUUGGAUUUGGGUCUUAGCCAGAUGUUAGGGAGAGGAAGACCAUCUUUGGCUAUUACAAGUGGGGAUUGGAGUUGGAUAAGCUCUCUCUUUUCAAAAUGCUUGGGCUUUGAACGUUGCAAAAUUGGAGCACUUGGGUUGUUAGACGGAUGUACGAGUUAAGAUUUCAGCCAGAAUGUAAUGGGGUAUGUAUAAAUAGUACUAUUAUUGACUGGGAAAACAGGGUGUGCCAUGGAUAUAGACCUUAGAUUACCUUCUGAAGAACAUGAUAAGGAGGAUGAAGAGUCAAAUGGACUUGCUCAUAUGCUUGAUGGUGAAGAAGAGAAACCUCAUAACGAAGAUGGUGUGAGUGGAAACAUGGUGGAUAUCGAGGAUAAAUUACAUGCACAAAAUGGAGGGGGCAUGAUUAUUCCUGUGGGAGACUUUGUGGAAUCGAAAGAGGAUAUCUUGCUUGAGCCCCUCGCUGGAAUGGAAUUUGAAUCACUUGCAGAAGCAUAUGCCUUCUAUCAAGAAUAUGCCAGAUCUACAGGAUUUAAUACUGCAAUACAGAACAGCAGACGUUCCAAGACAUCCAGGGAAUUCAUUGAUGCUAAGUUUGCAUGUUCCAGGUAUGGAACCAAACGUGAAUACGAGAAAUCUGUAAAUCGCCCGCGCAGUAGACAAGGGAACCGGCAGGAUUCUGAAAAUGCCACAGGUCGAAGAGCAUGUGCCAAGACAGAUUGCAAAGCAAGCAUGCAUGUUAAGAGAAGACCCGAUGCAAAAUGGAUUAUACAUAGAUUUGAGAAAGAACAUAACCAUGAGCUUCUGCCUGCCCAGGCUGUGAGUGAACAGACACGAAAGAUGUAUGCUGCAAUGGCAAGACAAUUUGCUGAGUACAAAAAUUUGGUUGGCCUCAAAAGUGACUCAAGAAGCCCCUUUGAGAAAAGCCGGAAUCAAGCAAUUGAAGUAGGAGAUGCAAGCUGUUUGCUAGAAUUUUUCAAUCAAAUGCAGAGCACAAAUUCCAACUUCUUUUAUGCAGUUGAGAUAAGUGAAGAUCAGCGUCUUAAGAAUUUCUUCUGGGUUGAUGCCAAAAGUAGGUAUGACUAUGCUAAUUUCAGUGAUGUGGUUGCUUUUGAUACUACCUAUGUUCGAAGCAAGUAUAAGAUGCCUCUGGCUCUUUUUGUGGGGGUCAAUCAACACUAUCAGUUCAUGCUACUUGGAUGUGCUUUAGUAUCUGAUGAAAGUGAUACUACUUAUUCUUGGGUAAUGAGAACAUGGUUAAAGGCGAUGGGUGGUCAACCUCCAAAAUUGAUUAUUACUGAUCAAGACAUGGUCUUGAAGUCCGUUGUGUCAGAGGUUUUUCCUUCAGCUUACCAUUACUUUUUUCUCUGGCAUAUAGUUGGAAAGGUAACUGAAACACUUAGCCAUGUCAUUAAACAAAAUGAGAAAUUCAUGGUGAAGUUUGAAAAAUGCAUUUACAGGUCAUGGAUGGAAGAGGAGUUUGAGAAAAGAUGGUUGAAGUUGGUUGAUAGAUUUGAGCUUAAAGAAAAUGAAUUGGUGGAGUCUUUAUAUGCAGAUCGCACAAAAUGGGUGCCCCUGUUUUUGACGAAUGCAUUUUUGGCUGGAAUGUCUACUGUUCAGCGAUCAGAGAGCGUGAAUAGUUUCUUUGACAAAUAUUUGCACAAGAAGACUACUGUGCAAGAGUUUGUCAAACAGUAUGAUGCAAUAUUGCAGGACAGAUAUGAAGAAGAAGCAAAAGCAGAUUCUGAUACAUGGAACAAGCAACCUGCAUUGAAGUCUCCAUCCCCAUUUGAGAAGCAUGUAGCCAGCAUUUACACCCAUGCUGUGUUUAAGAAAUUUCAAGUUGAGGUCCUAGGAGCAGUUGCUUGUAUUCCUAAAAGAGAGAGGCAAGAGGAGAUGACCAUUACUUUCAGGGUUGAAGAUUUUGAAAAAAAUCAGGAGUUCUUUGUUACUUUGAAUGAAUUAAAGUCUGAAGUAUCUUGUGUAUGCCAUUUGUUCGAAUAUAAAGGUUUUCUUUGUAGGCAUGCAAUGAUUGUUCUUCAAAUUUGUGGGAUUUCCACCAUUCCAUCCCAAUAUAUAUUGAAACGGUGGAUGAAAGAUGCCAAAAGUAGGUAUUCAGUAGGAGAGGGGUCUGAACAGUUGCAAUCAAGGGUGCAACGAUACAAUGAACUUUACCAACGGGCUAUGAAGCUGAUUGAAGAAGGCUCACUAUCCCAAGAGAGUUACAACUUUGCACUCCGUGCACUUGAUGAUGCUUUUGGGAACUGUGUUAGUGUAAACAACUCUAAUAAAAAUAUUGCAGAUGCCGGAACGUCAACCACACCUGGACUUCUCUGCAUUGAAGAAGAUGAGCAAAGUAGAAGCAUGGGCAAGACAAAUAAGACAAAUAAAAAGAAUAGUACAACCAAGAAAAGGAAGGUAAACUCGGAUUCUGACAUCAUGACUGUUGGGGCAUCAGAUGGCUUGCAACCAUUGGAGAAGUUAAGCUCAAGACCAGUUAAUCUUGAUGGCUAUUUUGGCCAUCAACAGGGUGUUCAAGGAAUGGUACAGCUGAACUUAAUGGCUCCUACUCGAGAAAAUUACUAUGCAAACCAGCAGACCAUUCAGGGGCUAGGACAGUUAAAUUCUAUAGCACCUUCGCAUGACAGCUAUUAUGGAAGUCAGCCAACCAUACAUGGGCUGGUAUGUGUUUUUUCUUGUUCUCAAUGUUUUUGCUUAUAUAACCUGAACUUGGAAUCACAUUUAGCAUCUGUGCUUGCAGGGGCAGAUGGACUUCCUCCGUGCUUCAAGUUUCACAUAUGGCAUUCGGGAGGAGCCGAAUAUAAGAUCCACACAGUUGCAUGAUGACGCUUCUAGACAUGCAUGAGGAACUUUUUUAAUGCUAAGGUAGUAACUGUUGUACCUCAGUUUUGGCAUAUGUAUAUCCUGUUGGACCUAAGCUCGUUGGGUGCAAGGCAUCGACUUAUCUGAAUAGGGGUAAAAACCUUGUUGUGACAUUAAAUUCUGUGUAGCACUUGAAAUGCUUUGGACAUUCUGGACGUGGUCCUCUAUUGUUGCUGAAGAUUAGACGACUUGUUUUGGUGUCUGUUGAAUAAUGAGGCGAGCAGUGAUAUAUUAUUAAUUGUGAAAUGUACUUGUGAUUGACUCAGGGUAUCUAAGGCACUUUGUAGUUUGAAA